AUGGAACAACUGAAAACCCUCAGCACCUCCUGGUCUCUUCCAGUUGCAGCUAUCGUCGCGGCAAUUGGCAUAUUUGCUACAAUGGGUCUCUUCAGCUCCAAAAACCACAUGCCAGUCGAGGGCCGGACCGUCCUCCUAACCGGCGCCUCCGAAGGCAUGGGCCGCUCAGCGGCCAUCCAACUUUCGCAAAAGGGCGCCAAUGUCAUCCUCGUCUCGCGCAACGUCGGGCGCCUUGAAGAAGCCCUCGUCGACGUCCGUGCCGCCGCCAAGAACCCGUCCACACAACGCUUCACUCACAUUUCAGCCGACGUUUCCGAGCACGACUACGCCGCCGCGGUCCUCGCCGAAGCCAUCGCCUGGAAUCGCGGGCGCUCCCCGGACAUCGUCUGGUGCGUGGCCGGCAUGUCGACGCCUCUGCUGUGGACCGACGAUGACAGCAUGGCGGCCGCACGCCGCAACAUGGACGUCAACUACUUUGGGUCGGCGGAGAUGUCGCGGGCGAUUUUGAGGGAGUGGCUGGCACCCGAGAACAGCACGGGACCCAAGGGAGAGCCGAAGCACUUGGUAUUUACAGCGUCAAUGUUGGCGCUUUUUGCGAUUUUGGGCUAUGGCCCGUACACCCCAACCAAGUGGGCGCUGAGAGGACUGGCGGAUACCCUGGCGAUGGAGGUCAAUUACUACCCGGAUAACCCGGUCAAGGUGCAUAUUGUGUAUCCCGGCACGAUUGUAUCGCCGGGCUACGAGAGGGAGAAUCAGACGAAGCCGGACAUCACGGUGGAGCUGGAGAAGGACGAGCCGGCGGAGAGCCCGGAUACGGUAGCAAGGAGGGCGAUUGCCGGGCUGGAGGCUGGUAAGUACUUUGUCGAUGUGUCGUUCCUGGGAAGGUUGAUGCAGUGCGGAAUCAUGGGCGGGUCGCCGAGGAAUAACUGGGUGCUGGACACGUUGAUGGGGUGGUUCAUACCGAUCAUUUACUUCUUCGUUUUGAGGGGAAUGAACUCAACGAUUGUGAAGUGGGCGAGGGAAAAGGGGCAUCCUUUUACGCAUCCCAAGAAGAAUGCCGGCUCUGCCCCCGGCCAAGGCCAAGUCCCAGCCUCGCGACUGACUCCGGGCCCCGGCCCAACCAAAGUGACCAAGCCGACCACCCCGGCACAUCAAAACCAGGAUCAUCUUCAGCAUCAACAGGAGCAACAUCAGGAGCCUGAUAUUGACCAGGAUUCCCUCAAGCCAGACCCGUCCGCCUACGACGACCCUACGGCCAGGAUGGGCACCGAAGAGUAUGCUGCCGCUGCUGCUGCUGCCGUCAUGGAGACGGGUCUUGGUCAACCCGGCUCCCUGAAUGAUGGCACUGGCGAGCCGGAUGUUGACGCUGAGAUGGAGGACCAAGAUGCCUCUGCCGCUGCGAACUCGGGACUCGGCGGCCAUGUUGAUCUUAGUGGUGCCGGCAUGAUAGGUAACCCAGGUGCCCCUGGUGGUGUGCCUCAACCCUCUCCCCAGGACCACUCUCAACAUCAACAACACCAGCACCAGCAGCAACAACAACAUCAACACCAUCAGCAACAACAGCAUCAACAGCAACAGCAGCAGGCCGAUAUGCUUCAGGGCCUUGGACAGCCCCAGGCCCAUCCUCAUCAACAUCAGCACCAACCCCCUGUUGCCCCCAUGGGCCAGCCCCAGCAGAUGCAGCCGUCCCCUCAUCAGCACUCAAUGGACCCUCAGCUAUCCAAGAGCACGGAGGAUAUGGCUCAUGAAUCCGGUUAUGGCCAGCUAAACGUCGAGAGUGCUCUUGCCAAGAGAUUGGCUCGUGAGCCCGGUCAUCGUCUUGCCCAGCAGAGGCGCCCUGAGCAAGUGCUGAACCUGGCACGUAGAAGCAAUGUUGAAGCUUUGUUCGCUCACAUUGCUGGUGAGCCGGCUCGCGUCCCUUGUAAGAAUUGCCACAAGGGCCACGGUCCAUGGACCAGCUGCAUUGUGGUGGACGGCCAGAUGUGCGGCAGCUGUGCCAAUUGCUGGUUCAAUGCCAGUGGUGCCAGAUGCAGUUUUCACGAAACGCGCAAUCCCCAAAAUUCCCAGCAGCAGCAGCACAAUGCGGCGAUCCUGCCGAACGGGGCAAACGGCGGGAUCAAUAUUUCGGCUGACCCCAAUGCCUUUCGCUUUGGCACUCCUCACCCUCUCGGUACCCAUGCUGCCCUUGCUGCUCCUGCUCCUGUGAGUGCUAUCGCUCCAGCAGCUCCCUCGAUGAGCAAUCCAAUGCUUCAGCACAUGUUGAAUCGGGCCCUGUCCGAGGUACGGAGCGCGGACAAGGCGACCCGGCAACUUAUUCUCAUGGAAUGCGCUGCCAAAAAACUGGCGUUGAAGAUGGUCGAUUACGAGGAGCUUAUCAGCUCUCAGGAGCAGUCAGGGAACCCCGGAGGACCUGGCCAGCAGGGCUUGGGCGAAGAUGCGGGCGCAUAG